CGCAGAACAUCGAAGGUUGUACGGUUUGUGGAAGCGGGGAAGAGGAGUGUUCGUUCCUCAAGAUUGCGUUAUGAGAUGAUUCUACAAACGGAUGAUGCAGCUGCAUUUAACGCAUAUUCAUGUCUCCGUUGUCGUGAAAUAAUUAUUCCACUAUGAUGUUGCAACUGCUCGUGCCACCAUGACUCCAUUCGUAGUUCCAUUUGAAAAAAUAGGAGUCCACCUCUUCUUCUAAUUAGGCCACAUCGACAUCGAAUGAACCAGACAAACAAGGAGAACCCAAUAAAACAGCUGAAUUUGGAUUUGGGAAGCGAGAUAUUGCACAAAACUUCUUGGACCUGUGCUGUUCCAAGGGAUUCAUCCAUAGGGAGACCAAAACCUUCGACAGAUCUGGCGGUGUUGGCAGUUUUCAGAUUGGAUACGAGUGUCUUAGUCUUGCGCCGAAGGGAAAGCAGGUGUUGGAGGCUUUACGCGGAUGCGUGGAGAUUGUUGUUUCUGGUGGGGAUGAUAAUACGAACACUACGACAAACAACAACAACAACAGCAACAACAAAGUAA